AUGUUCACAGAGGUGAACAUAAUCAAUGACAGUGAGAUCGCACUUGCAUGGACAAAGUCUUCACGCAAGCUUCUCAUUUUUGUUACCAAUCAGACGGACAUUAUUGCAAAAAUGCGGAAGUCUUUAACUUCUCAUGGUCUGACAAUCAAUUUUUGUUAUGUACCCACACAUAAAAACCCUGCCGAUGCGGGAACACGUAUUGUAGCUGCAGGCCUUAUUUACGAUCACGACUGGAUUCGUGGACCACGUUGGCUUGUUGACGACAGAAACGGUUGGCCGCUACGAUUAAUAGCCGAUGUAGGCACAGUUUACACAGAAAAUGGACGCAAAGUUGUACUUCAGAGCAAAAUUGAGGUGAUGACCUCUUCGACAACCACAACAAUCGAUUUAUCAAGAUUCUCCAGCCUGACGAAAGCCUUGCGAACGCUGGCAGCUGUUGCUAAACUUCUAAUCAGAUGGGUGGAAGGAAGUAAUGUGAAACGAGGCUCACAUAGCUCACAUAGCUCACAUAAUGCUACGAAGCAUAGCAGAAUUUGA